GCUUCAUCUCUCGUCCACCGAAUUUCAGAGUCAUAGUCAUGAACGCGUGGAUACGAGCCGCAAUAGCAAGAUCCAGUGCGGCCGAGCUCGAAGUUGCAGAGGUCACCCCUCGUGAACACGCAUCCCCCUGAUAGAUGGGAUGCCCUCACAUGUUUCUUGCCAGUCUGCUACCUUCACUUUCUCCGCCUCUUUCUCUCGCAAGAUCACCGGGCCCCUGGAACUGAAAUCAUGAGAGAGAGGGUGACGAUUCGCACUGCGGCAUUCUGGUCAACGACUGGAGCGUUGAUAGCGAGUCUCAGUCUCGAGGAACAACUUGAUGCGACAUACUUACUACGACUAGUACGACUAUAACGCGUUGAGCCAUGCCGCACAUGUGGUUUUCAUGGCUUUUCUAUGGCUCGCUUCGACAAUUCGCCCCUGACACGGAAGACAAUGCGCUGAUGGAUGGCUUUCCAGACGGAGAGUCGCAUAAAUGCGGAAAUGUACGACCCAUUGCUUGCUUCACAGGACUGCGACUCCAGCUCUUCACCGUGCCACUUCAUUGAACCGGUCCCUUAUUCACCCCUCAAUCUCUUCGAAGAAAGACGACCCCGCGCCGUGUGUGCUGCUGUCCAUGGCGGCAGCUCCCCCGAUGACAGCCUGCAGGCCCGCUCAUGGUUCCGGACAUCCCAGCGCGAGGCGGGCCGCGCCAGACGCACUGCGCAAGGUGGCAGGGAAAAAGGCUGUGUGUUUCGUGUGCCGCAGGACUCUCUUCAGCUUACGGCAACGCAACAUACAUGUGGGCAACAAAGGCUGUUUGAGACGCGCGAUUCAGAUUGGACUCCCUGUGCCUGCGGAUUUGGAUGCCGAGAGAGAAAAGCACAAGCUGGACCACCUGCUCGACUGGAAGAUUUCGGUUUCGUCGAGUAUCUCACAGCUCCAGGCAUCCGCUCUGUCGUCGCAUACACACUCGAAAAGAAUGGCAUCUCUGCUGCAGCGGUACCAAGCGCUCCCAUACCCGAUCCCGUCCUAUACGAUUUGCCACCCAGAAUCGCGUGACCCAAAUCACUACUAUCGCCCAAUCGUGGCGCAUAUCCCAAUGAGCUCGCGCGCUCCGCUGCCAAUGAUGCCCCCGGCAGUGCGGCCGUACCUCCUCGCACCGUCGAUCCACACUGGAGUGUGGCCGACCGGGUGCCCUCUAUUCGCACCGAAGCCGCGUCUGCCCAUGCAUGAUACGGCUAAACAGCUCGCGUCCCUCGUAGAGCCCGAGUCCCCACCCUGCGAGGAUGCGGAGACGCCCGCUCAGGUCUGGUAUGGGCAGGCCAUGCCCAUGUACGAGAUGGAUCAGUCUAUGAUCGGUUGUUUGUGGUAGCCAUUUGCCGUGUACGUAGUUAACCGGUGUGCGAAAUCAGAUCGGUACGCGUGAUCGCGUCUGCAACAUUCCCGUUGAUAGCCC